AUGCCGGGUCGACAGGCUCAUGGACGGCCGCUGCUAAGCCAGCCAAAGGCCAAGUCUGGCCCCAAGAAGUCCAAGUCGAGGGCGCAGACGAAUGCGCUGAACGCCUUCAACAUUGCGCAGGAGAGAUUCCCCACAAAGGAGAAGAAGACGCCACGAGCACGAGAAUUGGAUGCCGAAAUUGAGAAAAAGCAUGCGCGAGAGGAAGAGGACGAAGAUGAGGAGGACGAAGAAGAAGAAGAAUUUGGCAGCGACAGCGAAGGAAAUGAGUGGCAGCUUGGUGGAAUGGCAGACGACGACGAAGAUUCCGAAAUUGAGAGUGACGAUGCGUUUGGCGACAGCGACAAUGAAAUGUUUCAGGGCUACGCCUUCCGCGGUUCCAAGACUGGCCAACGAAAGGACGAUGACUCAGAAGACUCUGACGAUAGCAAUGACGAUCAAGGAGAAACUCUUGGCGAAGAGGCUAUUGAUCUGGCAACGGCUCUGGAUCAGUUCGAGGAAGAAUCUGAAGAAGAAGAGCCAGAAGGCGAAGAAGGCUCCGAAGAGGAAGAUUCAGAAGACGAAGAGGAUUCUGAUGAGUCGGAUGGCUCUGAGGAUGUUGAUGACAGCGACGAGGAGGCCGAUCCCGAGAGAUUGAAAGAGCUCAAAGGCCUGAUAUCUGGCUUUGGUGGCGAGGAAGAUGACGACGAGAACAGCGCGCCAGUCUCCAAGAACCAGAAGAUUGAUCUUGGUGACCUCGGACUCUCUGGAUUGAACGACCCUUUUAUGAAGCAGUCAGUAAAGCUCCUGAAGAAGGAAUCGAAGGAAACACGGCCCGGAGCGUCAAAGAAGCUAGAUGUGCCGCUAUCAAGAAGAGAACAGGGCCGUAUCGACCGAGCAGCUGCCUACGAAAAGACCAACGAGACACUUAACCGAUGGACGGAGACCGUUAAACAGAACCGCAGAGCCGAACACCUGAUAUUCCCUCUUCCUGAGAAUUCCGAAUCAGCUGGCCUCGAUCGAACAGAGCUUCAACCUCUCACGCUGAAGAGUGCUGCCAACGAGCUGGAAUCUACAAUCAUGGGCAUCAUGGAAGAGAGCGGUCUAUCUUUGGAAAAGGAGAAGAAGCCCAAGAAGCAGGAAUUCGAUGAGGAGGGCAACCUGCUUACUCGGAAGCAGGUUCUGGAAAGGAAGCGUCUCGAGCGUGAGAUCAAUUCCAGAGAAGCAAAGCGCGCCAAGCGUAUCAAGAAGAUCAAGAGCAAGGCCUAUCACAGAGUGCACAGAAAACAAAGGGAGCGCGACGAGAUGGCUACCAAGGAAGCCAUGGCCGAGGCUGGUGAAAUCGAUUCGGAAGAGGAGAGGGAAGCUCAGGACCGUCGUCGUGCUCUGGAGCGAGUAGGCCAGCGGCACAAGGACAGCAAGUGGGCCAAGAUGGGAUCCAAGGCGAAGCGUGCCGUUUGGGACGACGAUUUCCGAUCUGGUUUGACGGAGAUGGCUCGCAAGGACGAGGAGUUGCGUCAAAGAAAAGAGGGCAAGGGCUCAAGGGGAGCAGGAGAUGAUUCGGAUGACACCAGCAGCUCUGGAUCUGAUGACGAUGACAACGAUGACUUGCGGCGACAGCUGGAUGAACUCGAAGAAGAGGACGACGAACCCCAGUCGAGGCUGAUGAAGAUGAAGUUUAUGCAAAAGGCAGAAGCAGCGAAGAAGAAGGCAAACGACGACCUCAUCAAGGAAAUCCGCAGAGAGCUAGACGGAGAAGAAGCCCAAGUCUCUGACGAGGAAGAAAAGGGAGGCGAGAUUGGACGAAGGCAGUACGGCAACGGGGCGGCCAACCCGUUCUCCAUGCCGCAGAACAUUUCAGCCCGAGAAGCCAAGAGGAACCGCGUCAAGGACUCUAGGGAAGAGGAGCAAGAUGUGAGCUUCGCAAAUGGCGAUGGUGCCCCUCACAUUACAAACGGCUCGGUGAACCACGCCUGGUCAACGCCUGCUGAAGCAACGACUUCCAUCGCGGGAGCUUGGUCUCAGGGCGACUCGCGCAGAAAGAAGACUUCGUCAGCACGCGCCGACGACCUCGACCUCAACGCCAACAUCCUCACCGCUUCUCAACCUAAACCGAAAUCCAAGCCAGCCAAGAAGUCGCAACCUCAAGCCCAAGAUGACUCCGACGACACCUCCUCCGAAUCCGAGUCCGACGCCGAGUCAGAGAACCGCCUUCCUCUCGCCAUCCGCGACAAGGCCCUCGUAGCACGAGCCUUUGCAGGCGAAGACGUCGUCGCCGAGUUCCAGCGCGAAAAGGACGAAAUCGCCGAAGAGGACGACGACAAGGUCAUUGACAACACGCUCCCCGGCUGGGGCUCCUGGGUCGGCGAGGGCAUCAGCGCCCGCGAGAAGAAGAGGCACCAGGGCCGCUUCCUGACAAAGGUCGAGGGCAUCAAGAAGAAGGAUCGCAAGGACGCCAAGCUGGAUAAAGUAAUCAUUAACGAAAAGCGCAUCAAAAAGAACGACCGCUAUCUCGCAUCCCAGCUUCCCUUCCCAUUCGAGUCGAGACAGCAGUACGAGCGGGCUUUGCGUCUGCCUGUUGGCCCCGAAUGGAUGACAAAGGAGACGUUCCAGGACAACACGAAGCCGAGAGUGAUCAUGAAGCAGGGCAUUAUUACGCCCAUGUCGAAGCCUUCUGCAUAG